UCCACAAUGAUAUCUUCCAUUUAGGUAUCUAAAUGGGUCCCACCAUUACACUAUGUUGUUUGUGCUGCCAGAACCAGAAGAAGAUACAAACAAUGCAUUGUUGCCAGUGAAGUAAUCUUCGCUGACCCUUUUGAGAAUCCCUAAUCUCAAUGAUGGGAUUCUCGUUGGUAGUUCCGUUUGGUUCCGUUAUUGCGUUCAGAGCUACUCAUGAAACCAGAAUCAACUUCAACAAAUUAUUCUGCACAACACACCACAACAACGCUACUCACACACCAAUUUUUGUAACCAAGCAGAAUUCAAUUAAGUUGGAAAUUGAUCGGAAAAGCCCAAAUCAGGUUAAAGAAGAGAUCAAACAAUGUUAUGAACUCAUAAACCGAUUAGGAAGAGGAAUUGUGUAUCUAGGUUCUUCUCGGAUGGGCUCGAGCCCUUCACAUUAUGUGCAAGUUCAAUCUCAAAAUAAUAAUCAUAAACUUUAUAUUUGUGCAUAAGUUUAUAGUGAUAUUUAUUAUUUUUUUAUAGACAAAAAAAUUGGAUAAAAAAUUUGUUUUGUCGUCAUUUAA